AUCAACCGAUUCCCAACGGCCAUGUCAAUGGCAGCUCCUUUGAGACAGUCUGCCUCCUCCUCGUCUUCUCUACAGAAAUACCAAGUGGCUGCCUAUGGGGCUGGCAGAGUGCUUCCGGCUUGGGCUCCACAAAUGAAGGGCUGGAGGCGAGCACCAGUAGUGCCGGGACCUUCGUGUGUCAGGUUGGGGAUCAUGCUAGUGUUGGUACUGAUUUUCCUGCCAGGCUUGUACUGUGACCCUGGAUCUGUGUAUUACUCUUCUUACGAAACAGUCAUCCCCAAGAGUCUGACAGUCAAGGGAACGGAAGACCCAGGGGAAAAGGCAUCCUAUACACUAUUAAUGCAGGGCAAGAAGCAGGUGAUUCAACUGAAGGUGAAGAGAGACUAUUUUGUGAAUAACUUUCCAGUCUUCAGCUACCACAAUGGGGUCCUGGGGCAAGAAGUGCCUUUCAUCCCUCAUGACUGUCACUACGAAGGCACCAUAGAAGGAGUCCCGGGUUCUUUUGUUUCCCUCAACACCUGUUCAGGCCUCAGGGGCAUCCUGAUUAAGGAGGGGAAACCCUAUGGCAUUGAGCCCAGGGACACCUCAAAACAGUUUGAACAUGUGUUGUACACCGUGGCACCCCAAGCUCGAGUGUCCUGCAGCGUCACUUCCAAAGGCAGCCAAGUGGCGUCCAUCAGCCGGCAACAAGGGAGCAGGAGGCCUCGCAGUCUACAGGCACUGCCGUCCUUUUGGUCACACACCAAGUACGUGGAGAUGUUUGUCGUGGUCAGCAACCAGCGCUUCCAGAUGUGGGGCAGUAACGUCGACGAGACAGUCCGGAGAGUAAUGGACAUCACUGCUCUGGCCAACAUCUUCACUCGGGGCAUAAACACCCAGGUGGUGCUGGCCGGAAUGGAGAUCUGGACCGAGGGGGACCUCAUCGAAGUCCCAGCGGACUUGCGAGUUACACUGAGGAAUUUCAAUAGCUGGAGACAGGAGAAGCUCUUCCCCCGGGUGAAGCAUGAUGUUGCCCACAUGAUCGUGGGACAUCACCCUGAAGACGAUGUGGGACAGGCGUUUCUCAAUGGUGCCUGUUCAAGAGGCUUUGCAGCCGCUGUUGAAUCCUUCCACCAUGAAGAUGUCCUCUUGUUUGCGGCGCUCAUGGCCCAUGAGCUUGGGCACAACUUGGGUAUUCAGCACGACCACUCGGCCUGCACUUGUGAAGAUAAACGCUUUUGCCUCAUGCAUGAGAACAUCACUAAAGAAAGUGGCUUCAGCAACUGUAGCUCUGACCACUUCUACCAGUUCCUCCGGGAACACAAAGGGGCCUGCCUGUUUAACAAGCCCUGGGCCCAAGGUCGCCUGCGUAGGCAAGCCACGUGUGGAAAUGGUGUGUUGGAGGUGAAUGAAGAGUGUGACUGUGGACCCGACUGUGGUAAUAACCCGUGCUGUGACGAAACAUGUAGGCUGAAUGAGCAUGCACAGUGUAGUGAUGGACUGUGCUGUUUUAAUUGCCAGUGGAGACAUAAGGGUUUCAUGUGUCGUUCUGCUCUUGGAGAGUGUGACCUCCCAGAGUAUUGUGAUGGUUCCUCUGGAGAAUGUCCCAGGGACCACUAUAAGCAAGAUGGUACAUCGUGUGAUAUGAUUCACUAUUGUUUUAUGGGCCGGUGCAGGAACCCUGAUACUCAGUGCAUGGAUAUAUAUGGGUCACCUGCAAGGUCAGCCCCAGAAGACUGUUAUAGUUCCAUGAACACGAAAGGGAACCGGUUUGGAAACUGUGGCUGUCCUACUGCUGCUGUCCCUAGAUAUGUUAAGUGCACUGAUGAGAAUAUAUUUUGUGGGAAACUUAUAUGUACAAAUAUUACACAGGUACCACCAAUCAAACCCCACCAUACUCUGAUUCAGGUAGCUCACAAUGAUGACUGGUGCUGGAGCAUGGAUGUCUAUAACAUUACUGAUAUCCCUGAUGAUGGAGAUGUGGACACUGGCACUCUUUGUGCCCCAAACAAAAUCUGCGUGAAUUAUUCCUGCAUUGAUCGUGCUGUGCUCAAGUACGACUGUGAACCUCAAGAAAUGUGCAAUGGGAGAGGAGUCUGCAACAAUUUAAGGCACUGCCAUUGUGAGGAGGGCUAUGCACCCCCUGACUGCAAAGUUUCAGGAAAUGGGGGUAGUGUGGACAGCGGUCCCCCCGGCAAGCCAGAUGAUGGAAAUGUAAGUGAAGAUGAUACUAGAGGUCUUAGUUUUCAUCGUGGUAAUUUUGGCAGGGGCAGUGAGAAUAAAUUUGAAAGCAAAAGUCUUGGCAAUCUAUUGUACAUAUUUCCCUUACUUCUUGUGGCAAUAUUUUUAAGUCUGAUUAUUGGUGCCAGUGUUGGGGCUGGAAAGGAGAUAUCACAGUGCUCACAAGGGGCUCUAGAAGACACUGAAAAAGAAGUUGUACAAGAAAAGGAAGGAGGCCAAGUAGAGGAAGAAGUAGAGGUAAGAAAUAAGUAG